AUGCCAGCAUUAAGAUUUAAAACGUGUCGUCUACUUCCAGGAAAUGUUCGGAACAGAGAACUUUCUCUAAUCCAACGCCAUAUUCUCCGAAGAUUGAGGAACAAGAGGAGAUCCAUUAAAAGAAAUCUUUCUCGGAGAGAAAAUCGAAACAGUAACAUCAAAUCACAAACUACACGAAAGUUGUCUCUUUAUUAUGGGGAUUUACCCAUAAGGGAGAUGCACAGAGGAAGACAACGAACUUCAUAUAUCCCUUUUUUACUCAAUCAAGAAACAAGAUCGGACGUGAUUCCGGUUCAUCUCCAUUUUAGUGACACUCUUCCUCAAGCAAGGCAGCCGAUAAGUCAUCGAAGGUUUUGUUUGAAUAAUGGACUGGUAACCAUUACUCAUUUGAAAGUUUCCCACGGUGAUCUAAUAUCUUUUAAAGAAAAUGACGCGAGAACCCGCGGUUUUGAAAUAAGGAGAUCUUUCUAUAUCGACAUAUCAGUUGGAAAAAUCAUAGGCAAAUUCCUAUCUGCCAUAUCAGUUGGAAAAAGAAGAGGCAAAUUCCUACCGGCCAGAAUCUGGAGAAGAACAAAAAAAGAAUGGUUCCGCUUACUCACAACUCAGAGGGGAUGCCGCUUACUACUCAAAUCCAAGGAAUUGCAAAAGUUGCGUUCUUAUAUGCAAGAAGAAGACUUUGAAAGAACAAAGAAGUUUGGAUCCGCAAAAGUAUGCUUAGGCAGUUCCUUCGCUGAACACAACAGAAUGAAGAGGAAUUUGUUUCAUUUCAAAUACUUCUUCUUAUUGAAAAGAGGGAAGGACAAAAACCGAAAUCUUCCUACUCGAACAAUAAGUCCUUUUGUAGAAAAGUCUUCUUUAUAUAGUAAUUCAACCUAUUGCUCCGGAUACCCAUUUACUAGGAAGAUAAGAAUCAAAAGGAUCGAACUACCUACUCAUUAUUCGGAGGUGAAUCAUAGAACACUAAAAGCUGUGGUAUCUUAUGGACCUAACAUAGGUCACAUCCCUCACGACAUAAGAUUGAAAGAUCCAAACCUUCCUCUUCAGAGCGGAAACGGACGUGGCCAAAACAUAUAAAAAAAGAUCGGCCUAGUCGCUCAUAGGGACAUAUCUAUCCGGAUAGAGGAUAGUCUAGAUCAAUUUUGAGAAAAAUCUCUCUCUAUAUAGAUAGGUAUCUCUGUGGAUAGAGAUA